CAGUCGGUCGCAGCCAUGGCGGAGGGAGGAGAGGGAGAGGAGCUGCUCCGCCCGCCGCUGCCCGCCGGCGCCCCGGGCCCCAAGCGCUUGUGCUCCCGCGCCUGCCCGGCGGGGGGCACCGGGGCCGUGCACCCCCGUCCCGGGGCGGCGGGGGCCGGCUCGGCGGGGCCGGGCGCGGGGGCCAGCGGGGCCCCUCCGGCUCUGCCCGGCUGCUGCCCCGCGGCGGCGGCGGGGCCGGCAGGGGCGACGGGGCCGGCGGCGGCGGCGGCGGGGCCGGGGGGCGGCGGCGGGGGCGGCGGGACCGGCAGCCUGCUGCAGCCCGAGUCGCUGCUGGACGCGGCGGCCAAGCGGGUGGCGGGGAGCUGGGCCUUCGAGCGGGUGGAGGGCCGCUUCCAGCGCAUCCCCGAGCCCGUCCAGCGCCGCAUCGUCUACUGGAGCUUCCCCCGCAGCGAGCGGCAGAUCUGCAUGUACUCCAGCUUCCAGCCCGGCCGUGCCGCCGCCGCCGCCUCCCCCGCCAGCGCCGCCGCGGGGGGACCCUCGGCCGCCGCCGCCCCCGCCCCGGCCGGCGAGGAGAGCCCCGCCGCCGGCCCCCCGCCGCCCGCCGCCCCCGCCGCGCCGCAGGGCGAGGGGCUGCCCUUCCGCCGCGGCAUCCGCCUGCUGGAGACCGGCGCGGUGGACAACGUGCUGCAAGUCGGGUUCCACCUCAGCGGAACAGUCACAGAGCCAGCGACUGCGACAGAACCAGAGAUGACCUACAAGGUGGCCAUCAGCUUCGACCGCUGCAAAAUCACCUCAGUGACGUGCGGCUGUGGGAACAAGGACAUUUUUUACUGCGCUCACGUCGUGGCGCUUUCACUGUACAGGAUCCGCAAGCCAGACCAGGUCAAACUCCGUCUUCCCAUUUCAGAGACCCUUUUCCAGAUGAACAGGGACCAGCUCCAGAAGUUUGUUCAGUAUUUGAUCACAGCACACCACACCGAGGUGCUGCCCACCGCCCAAAAGUUGGCUGAUGAGAUCCUGUCAUCCAACUCCGAGAUCAACCAAGUGCACGGUGCUCCUGACCCCACUGCUGGGGCCAGCAUCGAUGACGAGAACUGCUGGCACUUGGACGAGGAGCAGGUCCGAGAGCAGGUGAAGCUGUUCCUAUCUCAGGGAGGGUACUACGGCUCGGGGAAGCAGCUCAACUCAAUGUUUGCCAAGGUCCGGGAGAUGCUGCGCAUGAGGGACUCCAAUGGGGCCAGGAUGCUGACGCUGAUAACAGAGCAGUUCAUGGCUGAUCCUCGGCUCUCCCUCUGGAGGCAGCAGGGGACAGGCAUAACAGAGAAGUGCCGGCAGCUCUGGGAUGAGCUGGGGGCACUGUGGGUGUGCGUGGUGUUAAACCCUCACUGCAAGCUGGAAGAGAAAUCCUGCUGGCUCCGGCAGCUGCGCAAGUGGGGUGAGAUGGACGUGUGUCCCCUGGAAGAUGGCAAUUACGGUAACGAGCUUCCCAACAUCACUAACGCGCUUACGCAGAGCUCCGGUCACAGCCAAGACUCGCUGGCCAGGCCCAGACGAACCGUGUUCACGCGGGCGAUCGAGGGCUGUGACCUGCACUGGCAGGACAGCCACCUGCAGCGCAUCAUCAGCAGCGACUUCUACGUGUCCCCCUCCUACCAGCGCGAGGGCGAGAGCCUCCUCUUCAACUCCCAGGGACAGCCGCUGUGGCUGGAGCACGUCCCCACAGCCUGUGCUCGCGUGGAUGCGCUGCGCUCCCACGGUUACCCCAGAGAAGCUCUGCGACUGACUGUGGCCAUAAUCAACACCCUGCGACUGCAGCAGCAAAGGCAGCUGGAAAUAUAUAAGCAUCAGAAGAAAGAGCUGCUGCAGCGAGGAGCAACAACCAUCACCAACCUAGAGGGCUGGGUAGGCCACCCUCUGAACCCCAUCGGCUGCCUCUUUCUCACCCUGACCGAAGCUUGUAGAUUAGAAGAGGAAAAUUGCCUUGAAAUUUCAGACGCUGGGGACUCCAAACCACCAGUGUAUCAACACGUGCCCGUCAUGACCGGCAGCCAGGACGGUGAUGAGUCCUAUCUGUCCCUGGCCUUGGAGGUGGCCCUGAUGGGGAUGGGUCAGCAGAGAGUGAUGCCUGAAGGUCUCUAUGCCCAGGACAAGGUGUGCCGCAAUGAGGAGCAGAUCAUUGCCCGGCUGCAGGACCUGGAGCUGGACCCGGUGCUGGUGCAGACCCUGCGGAAGCAGUGCAUCCUGCUGCUGGAAGGUGGUCCCUUCAGCGGCUUGGGAGAAGUCAUCCACCGGGAGAGCGUCCCCAUGCACACCUUUGCCAAAUACCUGUUCUCUGCCCUGCUGCCCCACGAUGCUGACCUGGCAUACAAGCUGGCUUUGCGGGCCAUGAGGUUGCCUGUCCUGGAGACCACGGCACCAUCCGGCGACGUGACCCACCCUCACCACCUGGUCUCAGUGGUGCCCAGCAGGUACCCACGCUGGUUCACCCUGGGGCACCUGGAGUCACAGCAGUGCGAGCUGGCCUCCACCAUGCUCACAGCAGCCAAAGGGGACAUGCUGCGCCUACGCACAGUGCUGGAGGCCAUCCAGAAAAACAUCCACUCCUCCUCCUUGAUCUUCAAGCUGGCUCAGGAUGCAUUCAAGAUUGCCACGCCAGCCGACAGCAACUCCGACACAACACUGCUCAAUGUGGCACUGGAACUGGGGCUCCAGGUGAUGCGUAUGACCCUGUCCACGCUCAACUGGCGGCGGCGGGAGAUGGUGAGGUGGCUGGUGACGUGCGCCACCGAAGUGGGAGUGAGGGCCCUGGUGAGCAUCCUGCAGAGCUGGUACUCACUGUUCACUCCCACGGAAGCCACCAGCAUUGUGGCGGCCACAGUGAUGUCCCACAACACCAUCCUGCGCCUGAGCCUGGACUACCCACAGCGGGAAGAGCUGGCCAGCUGUGCCCGCACCCUGGCCCUGCAGUGCGCCAUGAAGGACCCUCAGAACUGCGCCCUGUCUGCCCUGACCCUCUGCGAGAAGGACCACAUUGCCUUCGAGACCGCCUACCAGAUCGUCAUUGACGCCGCCUCCACCGGCAUGACCUACACCCAGCUCUUCACCAUCGCCCGCUACAUGGAGCACCGGGGCUACCCACUCCGAGCCUUCAAACUGGCCUCGUUGGCCAUGACGCAUCUCAACCUGGCCUACAACCAGGACACGCACCCGGCCAUCAAUGAUGUGCUCUGGGCCUGCGCCUUGAGCCACUCUCUGGGCAAAAACGAGCUGGCAGCCAUCAUCCCACUGGUGGUGAAGAGCGUGCACUGUGCCACAGUGCUCUCGGACAUCCUUCGCCGCUGCACCAUGACGGCGCCGGGCCUGGCUGGCAUCCCUGGGCGCAGGAACUCGGGGAAGCUGAUGUCCACUGACAAAGCUCCCCUGCGGCAGCUGCUGGAUGCGACGAUAAGCGCCUACAUCAACACCACCCAUUCCCGGCUCACCCACAUCAGCCCGCGGCACUAUGGGGAGUUCAUUGAGUUCCUCAGCAAGGCCAGGGAGACCUUCCUCCUGGCGCAGGAUGGGCACAUACAGUUUGCCCAAUUCAUUGACAAUCUUAAACAAAUCUACAAAGGCAAGAAAAAACUGAUGCUGCUGGUGCGAGAACGGUUUGGGUGAGCCCCGGCUCCUGCCAUGCUCACUGGCAGGGUCUGGCUGCAGCACGGGGCCUCGGGAGAGAAGAAGGAAGGAAAGUGGAGAUCAGCUUCCCCCCCAUCAGCAGAGGCUGCUCUGUUCUGGUCUUCUGUUUUUGGUUUUUUUUUUGUUUUUUUUUUGUUUUUUUGUUUUUUUUUAAUUUGUUUUCUUUCUUUUUUUUUUUUUUUUUUUUUUUUUUUUUUCUUUUAGUGUUACUCUUUCUUGGAUUUAAUCAUUUCACACACUGAGAGGAUCCAGAGAUUCCUUGGGCACAAACCAAAAGGCAACCACGGGGAAAAAGGAUAGUUUACCCAGCCCCCUGCCCUCCCUUGCCAAUACCAAAAGCUAACCUGGAAAUCUAAUACCUCUUUCCUGAAGGACAUGGUCGCUGGAGGGAUACGAAGGUUGCAAAGUGAAAAAUCUUUAAAAUUAUGUGGGGAAUUUAACAAAACAAAACAAAAACAUUAAAAAAAAAAAAAAAAAAAAAAAGGAAAAAAAA